AUGGCCGCCACUGCUGGGCACCGGGUGAAUAGCGGUGGCCCAUCCUCAUCCCCACCACCGGACUCGCUCCCUCAUGGCCUGCUCCGGUUCAACGUGGGCACCUCACUCAACGACUCGUUUGAUGCCUGCUCUGAUGCGGAAGAGUCAGACUCGGAUGGCCACUCGCUGGUCUCCUUCCUCCCACCAGCGAUCAACGUCUCUUCUCCCUCGGCAACAAGUAUCGGCGAACUUCGUGGCUCAGGCUCUCGUUUGGCGAAGACGAGGACGUCGGCUACCGCGCCACUGGCCGGCCGCAUCGACUCGAUUAACUCGAUCUCGAGUGGAGGCGGAAGCCCGAGUGGUGUAGCUGGCUCGCAGAAGAUCCCAGCUCGCUCGUUUUCACCAAGGUCACCCCACAUUCCGCCCGGUGUAGCUGCUGAAGCCGAUCCGGUCGACUCGUCCAACGCUUCCCGAACCUCUGCAAACGCGUCGGGCUCAUCGUUGAAGGACGUGCUGACGGUGGCCAAGUCGGCGGUGCCGGUCACAGACCUGCCGCGCCUGCGGACAUACGAGCUUCAGCGGCUGCCGUUUGGUCAGCUGCCGUCGGGCCUCCUCCUCCGCAAGGCGUCUGUCCAGGCCCACACCAAGCGGGUCUCUUCCAUCCGCGCCAACCCGUUCUUCUCUGGCCGCUACGCCACCGCCGGCUACGACGGCAUGAUCAAGUGUUUCUCGCUCACUUCAGAGCUUGGUCAGUACCCGCAGGCUGAGUACGAGAUGGCAGCCCAUAGCGGCGCCAUCCGCGGCAUUGCCUGGCAUCCCGACGGUCUUGUCCUCGCCUCGGUCGGCAUGGACAACACCGUCCAGCUGUGGAACAAAGCGAGUCGCACUGCGUCGCUUCCGCUGCGUGGGCCUGGCUACGCCUGUGACAUCUCGCUCUCUGGUGAACAUCUCAUCGUCUCGUCGCUCCGCUAUGUCUACGUCUACGACAUUGAGACGACCAAGCUGCUCCAGUCCAUCGAGGCCCACGACCUCAACGUGUACUCAUGCUGCUACCACCCCGCGUCGCUGGCGCUGUUAAUGACGGCUUCAGACGACCAAACCAUCAAGCUUUGGGAUGUCGAGAACGGGCUCUGCGUCCAGACCUUUUCUGACCACCGCGGCUAUGCCAACACCUGUGCUUUCUCCGCCAAUGGCCACCUACUCCUCUCCGGCGGCAACGACGGCGCAGCCAACGUCUACGUUCUCGGCCAGGACGCUCCGCUCUUCUCACUCACGGAUGCCCGCGGCCCGAUCUUUGCCACGCAAGCCACAGACUCGACUAUCUAUACCGCCGGCUCGGACACCGUUAUCCGCGCGUACUCGGCCGAGACCGGCGACCGCAUCCGCUCGCUCCACGGUCACAUUGGGACGAUUCACGACCUAGCCGUUAUCGAAACAAUCCCAACUCUUGCUACCGACGACACCGUAGGCUCUGCGGUUCUCCAGUCGUCGUCGCUUCUCCUCUCUGGUGGUGUCGACUUGCUUGUCUGCCAGUGGAACUUGUCGAACAUCGCCGCCUCGCUCGACGCCGGGCCCGACGGUGAAAAUGGGGUUAACGCUCUCGACGAUUCUGCGGAUAUGCUUCGAAAACACGCCCGCGAGGCUCUCGGCUCCAUAUCGCUUUCACGCCCAGCCACGGCCCGUGAUAUCGAGGACGCUCCCGAGUCAAACCUCCGCCUCGAUGACCUCGACUCGGACUGGGGAGAGGACCUUGACGACUCGGAACUCGAGUCGUCAGACGACAUACCGCCGAGACACUUGGGCCAGAGUAACGAUCUUAACUGGUCUAAUGGCUCCAACAACAUCCCGUCCAUUCUCCGCGCCGACGACGUGUGGUCGUCAAGCACCGAGCCACAAUCGCUCGACUCGUCCACGGCCAACCUUGGCCUUGCCGUCGCAAUCCCAAACGUCAUCAUCACAUCAUCGACGAUCGAGACCCUGCACAACCGCCACGGCCGGGACGUGUCCGAGCUCUCCGGCUCAGAGUCGGUGUACAGCCAGAGCUACGCCAGCGUCGCGCCCAGCACCAAAGUGCCGGUCAUCAAUUUCGUCGAGCCGUCCGACGAGGGCGACGACUCAUGGUCCGACCCGUCAGAGCCAGAUAACGGCCUCCCGCUCGAGCUUCACUCGCCACUUUCGGGCCUUGGCAUUCGCCUUGGUAUCCUCUCGGUCCAGUCCGGCGAGACUCGGCUGAUCGGCGCCGACGGUGGACCGCUGGCGUUGGCCGGCCUUCUUGUCGACCCGUACUUGGAGAUUUCGGUUGCCGACCAGGUAGUGUGGACCGACUCGCCAUCCACAACUCAGGACGGCCACUGGGCGACGUUUUUCGAGUUUGAUGAUCUGCACCCCCGAGGCGAGUCCAUGUCGCACACAGACUUUGACCUUCGUCUUGCCCUCAUGGAGCGCCGUGCCGACGGUACAGACGCCGUUGUCGACGCCGGCUCGAUCUCGCUCUGGGCUCUCGAUCCGGCAAGCAUCAGCGACAGCUCUCUCGCCGACGCUUCCCUCCUUGGUGACCCGCAAGCGACGCCUAUCCGCCUCAAACUUGCUUUGGACGCCGCAGACGUGGUCUUUACCAUUGGUAUUGUCUUUAUCACUGCAACAGGUCGCUCGCACUCUUGGUCCUCAGACUCGCCGCUUGACUACUCCCAGACUCAGCUUGAUGACCGCUCGGACUCGAACGCAUCCAUCGACAUCGGGUAA